CAGGUGCGUGCGUGAGAGGAAGGGGAUAUACUGUUGCAGUCGGGGGCCUGCGCCCCGGUGGAGCUUCAUGCCUAGCAACGGCCCUGCUUGUCCCUCUGCCGCCUGAAUUGCGCUGCGGACGAAAUUGGCGAGCGACUGCGGCCGGGGCGCUCGUCCACGGCUUUGGCUGAUAAAUCGUCUUGUAUUGGUUGUUGUGUCGGAAAUGAUAUCGGAAUUCAUCAAUAAAAAGAAAGACUGGGCCAGCUUCGUCCUUCGGGAGUUGUCCCGACCCAAUUGACGCCCGGUCGCAGAUAUCUUGAAUUCAACUUUGGUUGCCCAGAGCCCAACUCCAAAGAUCUCUUUAUAUCUUGAAGGGGACUUGUAGCGCUCGUGUAAGGCCGAUAGAGGGUGCUGUUUCUCCAGUGUCAUGUUUUUGUUCUUGAGCGUGAUCACGACAAUGGCUGCCACCCGACGUGACGGGAGAGCGUUCGACUGGUUAGCCGCCAAUGAGCUAAGCGGCUGCUAACGGAGCUGUGAGCCGUGCCAGAUGAGUCGAGGACGCGGCGACCAAAGGCGGCGCACUUCCAGCCCCCCAUGGCGGCGUACGACGAGAACAUCGCCAAGAACCCGUUCUUCGUGGCCCUGGAGAAGCUCAGGCCGGACCUGUGCGACCGCGUGGCCCAGCUGCACGGCAUCGUUCUGGUUCCGUGCCGUGGAAGUCUAGAUGGCAUUAUGGUGUCGGAACUUCACUUUGACAGCUACGUGCUUCAGCCCGUGGAGGACGGAUACCGGACAGCAGAUGGAAGGGAGGUCCGGAUCCAGGACAGGCAGAUCCUGUUGGGGUCCGGCCCGCCGCCCCUGGUGUCGGUCCCCAUCCUGUUUGAGGAAACCUUCUACAACGCAAGGGAGGAGAGCUACAGCAUCCUGUGCAUCUCCGGGCCCGUGGAAGCGGCCGAGCAGGGACCGGCGGUGGCGACGGGGGCGCCGGCGAGGGCACCAGAGGCGGUUUACCACCUCAGGAACUUGGAAGAGGUCAAGGAGUUCCUGGGCCCCCACUGCCACAAGCUGGACAAAGUCAUCGUCAACUUCUGCCAGGCCUUCAACGAGCACGACAGGAAGGGACUCAGGCACCACAUAGACUCGGCCCACGGCCUGUACACGCGGUGUCUUCAGUGUGUGCUGCGAGACGCUCGCCCGAAGGUCCUGGCCAAGCAGGAGCUCCAAAUGAGUCUACUGAAACAAGCGGUGGAGGUGUACGUCCAUCACGGCAUCCACUCUCUGAUCUUCAACAUGGUGGGAACGCUGGAAGCCAGCCAGGACGCCGCCUUCAACAAGAUGACCAGGAGUCUUCACGACCUGCAGCACAAAGACGUCGGCGUCAAGGCGCACUUCAGCAUCAACUUGUCUCGCGCCAAAUGGGAGCUGAGUCAACUCAACCAGCAGACGUCGCCCCUCCUCAAGCUGCUUUGCCUGCGCAGAGCGGCCUUGACCGCCACCCGCACGCCCUCCUCCGCAGUCAGUAUAGAAGCGGUGUGCGCCGACGACCUGCUGUCCGUCAUCCUCUACCUGCUGGUCAAGAUGGAAAUCCCCAACUGGAUGGCCAACCUGAGCUACAUGAAGAACUUCUGCUUCAGUCAGUCCAGCAAAGACGAGCUGAGCUACUGCCUGAGCACCUUGGAGGCGGCCGUCGAGUUCGUCAGCCUGGGAAAGCUGCGCCGUGCGCUCUCGGGUUGCGCGGAGGUGAAAGUGAACGUGGAGCUCGCGAGCGCCUCCGCCACGCCCAUCAGCCGUUUGUUCGAGCACAUCGCGAACGGCGACGAGGCAGCGGCGGAGCGUCUGCUGAGCGAAGGCGAGAGCCGAGAGGACGCCUUGCGCCCGUGUCACCCACUCUGCGCCUGUGACCUCUGUGACCUCCGACUGUCCGGGAAGCUCAACGACCCGCGCGCCGUGACGGCGUGCUCCCGAGACCAGCGAGGGUACACUCCUCUGCACGUCUCCGCCGUCUGCGGCCAGGCGCAGGUGAUUGACCUCCUGGUGUCCAAAGGAGCGUCAGUGAACGGCACGGAUUACCAGGCGCUCACGCCGCUGCACCUGGCCUGUCAAAAGGGACACCAGGGAGUCACGCUGCUGCUGUUGCACUACAAGGCGGACGCAGACGCUCAGGACAACAACGGCAACACGCCGCUGCAUCUGGCGUGCACCUACGGACACGAGGACUGUGUGAAGGCGCUGGUCUACUACGACUUCCAAACGUGCUGCCUGGACCUGCACAACGACAAAGGCGACACGCCGCUGCACUUGGCGUCGCGCUGGGGCUACGAGGGCAUCGUCCAAGUUAUGCUGGAGAACGGCGCCAGCGUGCACGCGCUCAACAACAGCGCGCACACGCCAGCCCACUGUGCCCUCAACUCAAAGGUGCUGACGUUGUUGCGAUCCACGCAGGAGGAGCAGCACCGCACGAACAGCGGCAGCGUUCAUACAUCGGACCGCAGCGGUCGCCGCUCGUCGACGUCCAGCGCGUCGUCGUCGCCGGGCCGCGAGCGCCAACCCGAGGGAGCGUCGGUGCGACAUCGCCAGGUGGAGAAGCUGCUGCGGGCCGUGGCGGACGCCGACGUGCAAAUGGUGCACUACCUGUUGGAGUGGGCCGACGAAGACGAGGCGGACGCGUCGUCGGCGGCGUCGCUGUGUCACCCUCUGUGUCAGUGUGCCUCGUGCGCGCCGGCUCACAAGGCGCGGGCAGUCCCGAGCGGCGCGUUGUGCGUGACGAGCGCCAACGUGGACGGCGUGACGCCGCUCCACGUGUCCUGCAUGUACGGCCACGCGGAGCUGACGGCGCUUCUCGUCCGCCGCGGCGCUGACGUCAACGCGCGCACCGACCGCAAGGCCACGCCCCUUCACCUGGCCAGCCAGAACGACCACCUGCAGGUGGUUAAAUUCCUGCUGGAGUGCAACGCCAAGCUCAACAAGAAGGAUCAGUACGGCAACACGGCCUUGAUCCACGCCUGUCUCCACGGCAACCUGGACACCGCCGCCACACUCGUACAGAGCGAGGCGCUGGUGAACGUGCGCAAUCGUCAGGGCAACACGGCGCUGCACUGCGCGGUGCGGGCGAGUCAGCGGGCGCUGGUGGAGAUGCUGCUGAGCGCCGGCGCCUCCCCGCACCUCCGCAACAAAAAGCACAGGACGCCUCUGGACACCGCGUACCAGCGAGGCGGCAAGAACGUGGAGAUUGUGCGAUCGCUGCAGAAGGCUUCGGGACUUUCCCCGGACGACGAACCCAUCAAACUUCUCUCCGUGCCCAAAGGAACUCUGGCUCACUCCUUCGUGCAGCGUCUGAGGCUCAACGAUCACGCGCGACCCAAGAUGGCCGCCAGCAGCAUUCAGGUUGAGGUGAAGAAAACAUGCCGCAGUCCGACUCGGCGCUCUGCUGCGCCCGAGCAGUCAAGUCCCGAUAAAAGAAGGCAGCGGCUGCGACGCGGCGAAACAGCGGACGUGAUCGGACCGUCCGCGGGCGGCGACGGCACCCCCCGGCGGAGGGGGCGGGGCCCGGCUCGCCGGCACACGCCGGACUCGGGAGAGGGCGCGCCGGAGCCGCCGAUCGACGUGCGCGCGCGGACGAGACGUCGCCAUGACAACAAUGACGACGCGGCGCCCGCGACGUCGUCAUCACGCAGAAGGACGGCGCGCACCGCCGCCGCGGAACGGUCGUCGGAAGACGAGCGCGUCUGUAGCCGUGACGACGCCUCACGCGUGAGCCACCCGCAACACGACGCCGACGCCCCCGCCGUCUGCGAAACGCCCGUUUCUAGUGACACGUCCAACAUCGACCGCACAAACCUCACGCGUGACAUACCCUGCGGCCGAGACACGCCCAUUUCCGGCGUCACGCCCGACAGGGAAGACGCAACCCUUCGACGAGACACGCCCCACUCCAGGGUCGCGCCCCCCAUCGAAGACGCGGCCCACGCUCAGAACCGGGACACGCCCAACUCCAGUGAUGACGGCCGCAUUCGGGACACGCCCAUCUCCGAUGUCGCGCCCGGCAUCGAACCUUCGACGAGACACGCCCAUUUCCAAUGACGUCUGGCAUUCAAGACAUGCCCUUCACUUCUGACACGCCCCUUUCCGCUGACACCCCCAUCCAAGCGACGCCGGUUUCCAGGUACACGAUAACCUCCGGUCACGCGGACAACUCCGGUGAACUUAGAAUGAAUAUCUGGCUCAUUUUCAGAUCAUUUGAUCAAUAACGGAAAAGACAUUUUGAAAAAAAAAAUUAAAAUCCAUUUUGGAUGCUGCCAUGCUGAAACAGCCUCACUUAAGGUUUUUCAACUAUUUGCGGAAACUUCUUGAUGAGUUCAAAUUUCUAGCAAUCCUUGUUGAAUUGUUCCAAUAGUUGUGCAAAUUCAGACAUUGAUUCAUAUCUGAGAAAUAUCGGCAUUUAUUUUGCUCUCUGCUGUAUUGCAACAGGAUCAUGAGGCUCUCCAGAAUCAGAAUCAUCUUCAUUAUUAGAGACAAGUAUGGCCAAAAAACACACAAGGAAUUUGUCUCCGGUCGUGGGAGCCGCUCUAGUACGACAACAGACAAGUCAAUUGACAGAGAACGCUUAGGAGACAUGAAGACAUGGAGAAAAACAGUCACUGAGCAAUAAAGGGUUAAUAGUUAUAUGGUAAUGCCGGUACAAUGUAUUUUAUUUUAUUAUAUUUUUUGGGACAAUUGUCCUCUAGUUCGAAUGACUAAUAUUGCAGUAGUCUGGUGGACUUCAAGGAGUGUACGCGGUUUCAAGUGACAGGUAGCGCGAUAAUCUGGGACUCCAGUUGGCGUUAACGCUAACGGCGGCUUGAGCGACAUUUGGGAAAGAAGCAAAAAAAAAAGGAACUUUUUAAACACUAAGAUGCAUUUGUGUUUGUUUUCAUGGGGGGGAGCAAAUUAAACAAUAGAAGAAAAAUCCCGUAGAUCCCAAAAAGUCAACAGCAUCUUCACAAAAUCAAACAUAACGCUAAAGACAUUUUGCCGUUAAAACUUUGAACGCUGUGACGUUUCUGUUCGAAACAAUGAUGGAUAAUAACUGCCACCUGAUCAAAUGAUAUGAAAAUGUUGCCAUCUGCUCCCGGCCGUCUGCGUUCCCAUUGGUCCCUCGAGUUUGUCCACCGGUUGACGUCCGAAGGGGGCGCUAGUCUCACAACGAGCGACUUUGUACCUUUCGCCAAGAGGACAAAAAGAGAUUGACGUGUUUUCUUCUUCUUCUUCUUCUUCUUCUUCUUCUCCUCCUCCUUCUUGCGCUCCUGUUUCCUCGCUAACGUCCCGGUGCCUUAUUUGAUGGACACCUCAGUAAUAACGUCUCAAUGUCGACUUUUGACCGAGGUGAAAGCAAAGGUGGCAAAAGUACUCCCGCUCGGUACUUAACGUAAAAGUACAGAUAUUUGUGUCCAAAAAAAAAAAAAAAAUGUAUACGUCCUAAUUGCAGACUGAAAUGUACAAAAGUAAAAAGGAAUUUUUGCUUCCAAUUACCAACACUAACAAUUUUUGUAACCUGUCAAGAUCUCUCCAUUCAAAUGAAUUUCCCUCUUUUAUUAACUUUAUCUGUACAAAAUGCUCAGACUGGAAAUAAAAAUCGUUUUCUUGU